AUGCCGCAGCUUGGCGUGAACGCAGGGCUCGCGCCCGACGACUUCGUUGAGCGCAACCUCGACAUCGUCGUCGGCCUCGUCUCGCGCUCGAGCCAACGCGGACAAGGAUUUAAUCGACGUUAUGCUUUCAAUGUUGUGCGACUCCAACCUCCCACCACGUACGAAGGAAUUCCCCACGCCUCGCCUCGCCUCUGCUCCAGCACGCCGCCGGCGAUCCUCCUCCACCCUGCCGAUUUCCCGAAUCCACCUCCGCCACUCCUCCUCCAGACCUCCACGCCGCCACUUUCCCGAUUCCGCCACUACUCCACAACGCCGAUGUCGCGCCUCCACCCCCUCCGUCGCAGCUCCUCCUCCACUUCCACCUCGCCGCCAUCACGUUCCUGGUCACCCCACGCUGCCUUUGCGGCGGCCACGGGCCGUGUCCGCACAGGAACGCUUAGCCAGGAGGAUGCACACAACCUGUUCGACGAAUUGCUGCGCCAAGCCACCCCGGUCCCCGAGCGCUCCCUCAACAGCUUCCUUGCUGCGCUCGCCCGAGCUCCGUCCUACGACGACCGCAGAAGCGGCCCCGCUCUUGCCGUCGCUCUCUUCAACCGCGUGUGCCAAGAAGAUGCCGGCCUGCAGGUGGCGCCGCCCACAGUCUGCACCUUUGCCAUCCUCAUGGACUGCUGCUGCCGCGCACGUCGACCGGACCUUGGGCUUGCCUUGUUCGGCCGUCUCCUCAAAGAAGGUAUGAAAACAAACCAGAUCAUCGCCAACACCUUCCUCAAGUGCUUCUGCGAUGCAAAACGGACAGAUGAGGCUGUGGACGUACUGCUUCAUAGGAUGUCUGAGCUUGGCUGUGUGCCUGAUGUUAUCUCAUACAACACAGUUCUCAAGAGGUUAUGUGAAGAUAGCAGGAGCCAGCAAGCACUUGACCUGCUCCUUACGCUGGCAAGAGAAGGAGGUGGCUGUUCCCCCGACGUGGUGUCAUACAGCACGGUCAUCCAUGGCUUCUUUAGGGAGGGUGAAAUAGGCAAAGCAUGCAAUCUCUUCCAUGAAAUGCUGCAGCAAGGAGUUGUGCCCAGUGUGGUCACAUACAGCUCGGUUAUUGAUGCAUUGUGCAAGGCCAGAGCAAUGGACAAGGCAGAGCUAAUCCUUCGGCACAUGGCUGAUAAUGGUGUUCGACCGGAUAGUGUGACAUUCAAUUGCAUGAUCAAUGGAUAUUCCACAUCAGAGCGGUGGAAAGAGGCAGCUAAAAUGUUCAAAGAAAUGAUAAGCCUGGGUCUUGUACCAAAUAUUAUUACUUGCAGCUCGCUCAUUGCUUCCCUUUGCAAGCAUGGGAGAAGCAAAGAAGCUGCACAAAUUUUUGAUUCCAUGACUGCCAAAGGACACAAACCUGAUAUCACGUCGUACUCUAUUUUGCUACAUGGGUAUGGCAAUGAAGGAUUUUUACUUGAUAUGGUUAAUCUCUUUAAUUCAAUGAAAAACAACGGCAUUGUACCCAACUGCCGUGUUUUCAACAUAUUAAUUGGCGCGUAUGCUAAAUGUGGAAUGAUGGAUGAAGCUAUGCUCAUAUUUGCCGAAAUGCAGGGACGGGGAGUGUGUCCAGAUUUAGUCACCUAUUCAACUCUAAUAGCCGCACUUUGUAGAAUGGGUAGACUGGGAGAUGCUAAGGAAAAAUUCAGUGAGAUGAUUGUUGUGGGAAUACAGCCGGAAAAGGUUGUUUAUCAUUGCUUAAUUCAGGGUUGUUGUAUGCAUGGUGAUCUGGUUAAAGCGAAAGAGUUGGUUUCUGAAAUGGUGAACAAAGGUAUUCCUCGUCCUAACAUCGUGUUCUUCAAUUCAGUAAUAAAUAGUCUAUGCAAAGACGGAAGGGUUGUGGAUGCACAAGAUACAUUUGACUUAGUUAUACACAUUGGUGAGAGGCCGGAUGUCAUUACUUUUAAUUCACUGAUUGACGGGUAUGGCUUAGUCGGCAAGAUGGAUAAAGCACUUCGAGUGCUUGAUGCCAUGGUAUCAGAAGGUGUUGAGCCUAAUGUUGUUACAUACAAUACACUUGUGAAUAGUUAUUUUAAAAAUGGAAGGUUCGAUGAUGGUUUAGCUCUAUUCACAGAAAUGUUGUCCAAGAGAGUUAAACCUACAACUGUCACAUAUGGCAUCAUAUUGGAUGGUUUAUUUCGUGCUGGGAGAACCGAUGAUGCAAAGAAAAGGUUCCAUGAGAUGAUCCAAAGUGGAAUAGCUGUCAACAUUUCCAUAUACAAUAUAAUUCUUGGAGGGCUUUGCAGAAAUAAUUGUGCCGGCGAAGCAAUCACGUUGUUCCAUAAAUUAGCUGAAAUGAAUGUGAAGUUUGAUAUCAAAACACUCAAUAUCAUGAUCGAUGCAAUGUACAAAGUUAGGAGAAGAGAAGAAGCUAAAAAAUUAUUUGCUGCAAUAUCAAACAGUGGGUUGGUACCUAAUGUUUUUACUUAUAGCAUAGUGAUAAAAAAUCUUCUAAAGGAAGGAUCACUGGAAGAAGCUGACAAUAUCUUUUCAUCAAUGGAGAAGAUUGGUUGUGCUCCGAGCUCCCGUCUUAUAAAUGAUGUCAUUAGAAUGUUGUUGGAAAAUGGCAAGAUUGCCAAGGCCGGAGAUUAUUUAUCUAAAGUUGAUGGGAAGAGCAUCUCACUUGAAGCUUCAACUACUUCGUUGAUGUUGUCUCUCUUUUCAACGAAUGGGAAAUAUCGGGAGGAUAUGAAAUUGCUCCCUGCAAAGUAUCAAAUCUUCGAUGGACUUGGUUGAGUA